AUGAGCGGAUUCAGUUAUCCACAGCCUAUCUUCACUUCAAGUACUUACAACCCAGCGUUUUUCUUAUCACUCCGAGAAGACAAAUUGCUCACAUAUGCAUAUGCCCAGACGCUAUACCUCAGUAAAAACGACUUUCGUUUGAGUUACAUCACCGGUGUCACAGCCGGAUAUGCGGUUCAAGGUGUGUCCUUAGUUCCAGAUGGUAGUUUAAGCAUUAAUGGUCUAAAUCAGAUCACA